CGCAAACUCGGCCUUCUCCCCAGAUUUGUACUCGGCCCAAUAUUCUCCCACCUCCUCCACCUUUCGGCAUUGCGACGGUUCCAUAUCGCCCGCUUCCGGUUUUAGGUCAACUUUGGGCUGGGAAGGAUGGUGUUUCCAGGACAUUUCAGCAGGGGUUGUUUGCGCUGUCGCCAGCGGAAAGUAAAGUGCGACGAAACCAGACCGUCAUGUCGCCGUUGCUUAAUCUACGGCAAACCAUGCACUGGAUACACCGACCAGUUCCAGUUUCGACACCGCUCAAGUCCCGCCUCCGUCGUAGCUGCUGCUGGUGCAGUCUCAACACAGGAAUGCACGCAAGAACAGGGGAGCAAAGGCCCGAGACGCCGAAGCCCUCAGCAACCCGGGGUGGCCGCGAGGGCUGGUGAACAACGACAACGACGAAAACAACAACCGAUACCAUCACUCCUGCCGCCAACGUCACCCCGACAAGAACAGCAACAAACCGUCGAGAACGGCCGUUUGAGCCGUGCUCUUCCUCGCGCACCCGAUCCCUGCUACGACCACGUAUCUCUGUUCUACUUCAUCCAUCGUUUCGUCACACCAAACCGAGAAGACGGUUUCCCCGGGCACUUGAGCUUCCUUCCCACCCUAUAUGACUCCCACAGCCAUGGCCUCUUGGAGGCGUCCACCCUUAGUGUCGCUCAGAUGGCGGCUUACAACAAAUUCGGUGGCGAGAAGUUCCGCGUUCAGUCGUACGAGAAUUACAGCCGCGCCAUCCGCAUGCUGCAGAACCUCCUACAAUCCGAAGAGGAAGCCAAGGAUGACAAGGUGAUAACAUCUGUCCUGCUCCUGUGCAUGUUGAACGACAUCAGCGGCGAGCGGCCGGGUGGCCCCCGCGAGCACGCUCCUGGCCUUUACUACCUUGUGGAGAAACGGGGGCCGGAGCAGAUUGCGACCUCCCAGGGAGCUGAGCUCCUCUUCUUAGCCCUCAUCCGGUUGCAUGUUUAUUCGUUCCUAAAUGACGACGACACUUACGUGGAUCCUGGGACCAUUGCCACUGCCUGGGGCGCCUUCAACCCCCUCCUGCGUGCCCUGGGAAUGAUGUCGAAGACGCUGGUGCUACGGCACAAGUUGCUAUCGAGGAGUGCUCAGCUCGAUGUCGAAGAACAAGUGUCCGUGAUACAAACAUGCUCCGAGACGCUUGACGACUUCCACCUCUGGGACGUCGAGGCUGCGGAUUAUUGGCAUAGUAUGUUUAAGGGGCGCGGGUCACCUACGGCACUGGGACAAGUUGCAUCUGGGACAACUCACUACGACGUUGAAACGGCGUGCACCAUCAUUCUAAUUCGGUCUGCACGCCUCAUCUUGCUGGUGAGCAUGAUCACAUACCACUAUCAACAGGAACAGUGGGGCGGCGGCAUUGGGACGACGUUGGACGAGUAUCUCCCGUUCCUUGAGAUGGACGUCGCUGCCGUGAUAGACGACAUCCUCGCGACCGUGCCAUACGCGCUGGGCGAUGUUGGUCAAGGCGGCCUCCCCGGCACCGUCCCCCACGACGGGGCCGCGGCCAUAGUCAUCGUUCAGUCGAUCCGGCUAGUGUCAUCCUGCGCGUACGUGACCCCGGAACAGAACAUGAAGGCAAUGGAGAUUCUGGCACGGCUUAAUGGCGGGAUUGGAAUUCGAGCCGCGGUUGCCGUGGGAGAGGACAACAUUGGCAAGACACGGUGGGCGCAAGAGCAGAUCUCCCUGCGUUCGUGGAUAAACCCGGGCGUGGGAUGGAGUCCCAGCUCGGCAGAAGACACUCUUUCUCCGGUGGUGGCUACUCCGCCGCAAUGUACAGUGACAGGUUCGGUGCAAGAUGGAAGCCCAGUGCUGGAUUUCGGAUACAUGGUUGGGUCUUGAUUCAGGGUGUAUUUCUCCCCUCGGCUUGGAAUGGAAGUUAGGUCCUUGUAAAUCCGGUUUUAGCACGAUAAUAUCCACG